ACCCCAACCACGAGCCCUUUCUGGGGUAGCGUGUGGAGAGAAGAAACAAGCCUCCGGCAUUUCACGAGGUCCGGCAUCCUUUUGAUUGGCGUAUAAGUAGGCUUGGGGCGACCAGAGGCCAAUGCAAAACCCAACCAUCACCGUUUCUACUUCUCAAGGUCCACGACAAUUCCUACCAUGAAGUCCUUGUUUCUCCUCCCGCUAGCGCUGGGGGCAGCCUCGUCUGCUAAGCCCAAGCCUCCCAAGGACCAAUGUCGGUGGGCCCAAGACUGGACACAAGAUCAGAUCCUGGCGGACACAGACGGGUUCACGACCCAGAUGCUUCACUGGGAGGGUAAAUUCCACCAGCCUGAUGUUGCCUACAAUGGCGGCAAUGGAGUGUCCUAUGACGGUUCCAUCUUGGAUUGGCACUCUGGUGAGGCCAUCUCUACGAAGCCGUUCAGCGCGGCAAGCAAGGAGGCCCUCCAGAUCAUGCUGUAUGCGCGCGCGGUCGAGGGAUCGCAUGAUGCGGCCCAGUUCUUGAGCUCUCGUCACCCCAAGAAGGCCCCCAAGAUUGCCUUUGAUAUCAUGGAAAAGAAGCUUGAGACAUACCUCAAGUUCAACGAGACGCAUCCUGGGUUUGGCGGCGCCCUCCCAUGGUUCAAAGCCGACAUCCAAGAUAUUGUACCUCAGCCCGACUGGGUCAAUCGGGUACCAGCGUUGGACAACGGCGAGCUUUGGUGGGCCGUGUACGCUUGGAUCCAAGCGCUCGAGAAGACGAACAAGAAGGAGUACGCAAAACAGGCCGAGCGCUGGCAGGAGUGGCUCGACUUCCUUACUCCCAACAUGCUGGACAUCUUUUACCGAGACAGUGGAUCGAUUUGCGCUGUCACCACGAUCGGCGACCAGUUCCUGCCGGUCAACCACCCUAAUCAAACCUACGAAUGCGAGGGCGAAGGCAGGCUCAACGACCCUUACGAGGGAGAGCUCGUGGCCUUUUUCUUCCAUCUUUUCGGCGACCUCCCUCAAUCCGAGAAGGAUGCCCUGUGGGAAGUCAAGAGGCCCCAGCUCGUCAAAGAUGAGUAUCAUCAGGGCAACGUCGGUCCCGUCACUGUCGAGAGGGGAUACUGGUUCUCUGGCCACGAACCAUGGAAGGUCCUCGAGCUUCCCUAUUACGACGUCGACAUCAUCAGGCGCCUGUAUCACAACCAUGAGCGCGUCCGCACGUGCAACUCGGUUGUCACCAAGAACCCGGGUCUGCUCGCCUCUGUCAACAACAUCACCGAUUCCGAGACCAACGAGGUUCUCGGGUACAUUUCACCAGCCGGUAUCCCCUCGAUUGCGAACCAGACAGAGCAGUAUCUUGAAGUCGUGACGCCCUAUGCUUCCUGGCCCAUCAUCAUGUUUGACAGGGCCGUCGGCCUCGCGUGGUGGCAUAACAUGGUCUCUGGGAAGAAGAUGCAAAACCAGUACGGCAGCACAGAAUCCACUCGCAUCGACGGAGAGGGUGUCUCUGGGAUCUUGACAUGGGACAGCAAAGUGCUCACCGUCGUGUCCAUUCUUGGUGGCGUUCAGGACCUUGUGCGCGACAAGCUGAAGCAGGAUGGCAUUUACGACGAGUUCAUCCGCAUUGCAGAGCGCGAGUACUCGAUGGUCUUUGGCGAUGAACUGGAGGGCGAGGAUGUUGAAUUGUGUUUGCCAUCCGUGCCAAUCACAGAUGCUGGGCUGGACGACUUUACGUCAUGUGCCCGAAAGUGAGUAGACACUGGCGCAAGGUUUGUGUCAGGGGGUUGUUGGCUGUUUCCAAUGGAACAUCCCCGUAGAUUAAGUUUUCAUGACAACAAAGUCUUCGCAUUACGACAGAUUCCCGCUUGACAGCUUGUUCGGGCGCUCAAACCUGAAGAUGUUUCACGUUUAGGCGCCUCAGCACACUCGACAAGAGCAUGACUUGUACGGUUGCCGCAUGUUUAUUGAACAUGCUUUGUAA